GCUCCUAACUCCUUUUGCCCCAUGGUUUUUAGGCUGCCGCCGAAUACAGCCUUUGCUUCGCUUUCUGACUCCUUUAAAUACCAUUCCUCAUCAAAUCAUUUCAUUUCAUACCACCAUCUAUUCAAUUCCACCAAAUUCUCCCUCUGUUUUGGUUCGACAUGUCUCAACCUCAGCUCUUCACCAUCGAUUUCUUGGGAAUCGGAAGUGAUGAGAAUGGCAGCCCCCAAUUGGAUUCCCACCAACAUCUUCUGCACAAGCGAUCAAUGCAGUCAUGCCUGGGAAAGAUAAAACCCUAUAUGCUGCAACAAGUGCUCUCACACGGAUGUAGGAGCGAUUCACAAAAUUUUCACAGUGAAGGUCAUAUUGGGGUUUGUGAAGGAAUUAAGACCAUGGAUUUGUUUCCGCAGCAUCCUCUAGGGUUUCAAUCCAAUGGUAAACAAGAAUCGGCUUUGUUGGAUAGAAAAACAGAAAUUUGUGAAGAUGUUACAACCAAUCCUUCGUCCCCCCAACUAACGAUUUUCUACAAUGGAGCAGUGAAAGUGUAUAAUGAUGUUUCUUCCAGAGAAGCUGAGGCUAUAAUCAUGCUGGCCGCCGCUAAUGAAGAUGCUCUGCCUUCCUCCACUCCUUCAAACAUUUCAAAUCUUCUGAGGAAAAGUGUUUCAAAUCCAGAAGAAUCCACACAAGGAGCAAAGCAAAGCCACGCUAUCGAAACAUCAAAUGCCAAUCUUCCAAUAGCGAAGAAGUUAUCCCUUCAACGAUUUCUGCAGAAACGGAAGGAUAGAGUGAGCAGAGUCAUUCCCUACGCGACGUCAUCAAAGUAAAAGGAAUCUGAAAUUGUUUAGUUGUAAAUGGGAAAGCGGAAGAGGGGGGGGGCGGGGGAUGAAUUUGGGUGUGGUGAGUGCCAACGUGCAACGCGUUUUGGGGAAAUCAUAUUG